CUCCAUGGCCAGAGUGAGGAACACCGGAAAUUGGAGGAAUAGCACCUCAUAUUCCGCUUGGGGAGUCUGCAUUCUGAGGGCAUGAACAUUGAACUCUCCCAAUUUUGUUAGCCCUUGCUGUCUCCUCCCUUUCCUCAGCCCUUGGGCUGUCUCCUCCCAGCCGUCGGGCUCCUUCCUCUCCUUUUUCCUUCCUUCUCCCCGCCACCCCCUAUCAGUCUGAAGAAGGGUUUCAGCCCGAAAUGUUGCCUAUUUCCUUCGCUCUAUAGAUGCUGCUGCACCCGCUGAGUUUCUCCAGCAUUUUUGUGUACGUCCCAUCGAUAUAGACAGGUUAAUGGGUCCUCAUCCUUCCUCUUCCAACGUCCACAAUCAGUACCUUGGUCUUACUGACAUUGAAAGUCAGGUUGUUGGGCUGGCACCAAUGGGUCAGUGAUUGAUCUUACUUCUAUACUGUGACUCAUCGCCAUCUGUAUUUCUCCAACCAGGAACUUGAGGAUGGAGUUUGCACUGUGAUGUCUAUACAGUCAUGACUGCUAAUUAACGAAUACGUUUGGUAAUGUGGUAUUGCAAAGAUGUGGGGAGCUGCUAGUUCCUGUUUCGUGACGUAUCACCGCGCUUCAGCAACGCAAAUAUUAUUUCUUGCUCAACUUAUUUCUUGCUCAGUUCACUUGCAACGUGGAGAAUGUGAACACAGUAGUCAGCUUUUCAUAUCUUGUUUUGAUGAUUUUUAUGAAGUGAUAGAGACACAAUGUUGGGAUUAAAAUCUGAGAGGUCGAUCAAGCUGUGUGUUCUAAUUCUGAUCAUUGAUGCUGCCCUCCUUGUGGUUUCUGAACAAACGGUGAAGGAACAAAGAUCUCAAACUGAAUACAUGUUGAUCUAUCUUCCCAAAAUGGAUCCUCUAGAAUCAUCUCCGAUAUUGGUUGAUGAAAAUCAAACCCAAAGUCAACUCUGUUUGGAUGGCAACAAUUCAACAAGAAGAAUAUUUUCUAUGUAUAAUGCCAGUGAAUUUCAGAUUAAUAUCUUCAAAGUGGAAGUUAAUGUUUUGGACACUAUAACUCUGAAAGUAAUCGUGAAUAUUUCUGGAAAUAUAUCUUGUCAUUGGAGUUUUAAGAGCAACAGAAUUCAAUGUAAUGUGAGCAGUUGCACGUUGCACAGUCAAGUUAUGAAUUUCAAUAUUUCCCGAGUCAGGGAAAGGCAUGCAGGAAUAUAUACUCUCACAUUUGAAAGCGGAAACUCAAAUAGUACAGUCAACUUUCUAGUUCUUGUUAAAGCAAAACCCAGGAAGCCAAAGUUGGCUAUGAAAAAAAACACAGUGGAUUGCACAGCAGAAAAUUACCUUGAUGCAGAGCUCAAUUGGAGACGUGAUUGUACAAGUUCUUCAAAUUUGAUCUUGGAUAAACGUUUUGAAUCGACUGGAUUGUUUGGCAUGGCAAGAGUUAAAAAAGAGGUUCCAAUUACAAACUUAACCUUUGGUAAUGAAUGUUGUUGUUCCAGCAAUAUCCUGGGAUCAGAGUGUUCAAGUCUUUACACACUAGAUCUUAAUAUCAAAUCAGACAUAAAAAGUCCAGUCCUACAUGUUUACCGUAAAGUUGGUGAACAAUUUCUGAUAAGGUGUAUCGCUUCAAACAAAGAUCAUAGAUUCAAAGUAGCCUGGACUAAUGACACAAAGGCAGGACGUACAACAGAGGUCCUGCACACUGAAAGCGCACGUCAAACAGUUGAUGCACGUGUAAAAUAUGAGUACCUGUUUAUUAAUUCAGUAAGUUUAAAAGAUAGUGGAUCGUAUACAUGUACUUCUACACAGCUUUCAAACAAGACAAUCAAGUUAACAGUAUUUGAGAAAGGAUUUAUAAAUUCAUCAACUCUAAACAAAGUCUAUGAUGUUGGUAAAGAUGAAAACUUUUGCUUUGAAGCCAUACUUAAUGCAUAUCCACUUAUAAGGUGCCAGUGGUAUUUUUCAGAAACAAUCUUCCCUUGUGAACCUACAAAUUUUUUGGCGAACAGUUUUUCUGCAUCAUUUUGUGAUCAUGGACAUAAACCUGGAAUCUACGAAUUAUUUGCAGAAAAUGAGGAGACAGAAUUUCAGACAUCUUUUACUUUAUAUGUAAAAACAAAACCAUCUCUGGAGCUUUCAAUGAACAAAAGUCAUCUUUCGUGCAUGUCUGCAAGUUAUCCUUCAGUCAGAAUAAACUGGACAAAAUGCGGAGAGCUUUGUACUGAAGAAGAGUCUGUUACUGAAGGUAUUCGGAUUGAGCUGUCAGAAGGAAAAGAAUUUGGCUCCAAAAUUACAACAAGUGUACUGGACUCUGGGAACAUGGUGGGUGGGUUUUCAAUGAAGUGCUGUGCAGAGAAUAUCGUAGGAUCAAUCUGCAAGGAAAUGUUUCUUCCAAAGCCAGAUGUGAAAUUGUUGCAGUCUCUCUUCUACAUCUCAGCUGGAAUCUUUAUUCUGGUUACAAUUGCUUUAGUGGCUUUCAUAUUCUACAAAUACAAGAAGCAACCUGGCUAUGAAAGUCAACUCCAAAUGAUACAGAUGGUUGGAUCUUCUGAGAAUGAAUACCAUUACGUUGAUUUUAGUCAAAUUGCUUAUGAUAUCAAAUGGGAAUUUCCUCGAGAAAAUUUAGAACUGGGGAGUGUACUUGGCUCUGGAGCAUUUGGAAAAGUAGUUGAAGCCACAGCAUAUGGAAUUAGUAAAGUUGAUAUCCGUGUCAAAGUAGCUGUGAAGAUGUUAAAGGAAAAAUAUGAACCUUCUGAAAAAGAAGCCUUGAUGUCUGAAUUGAAAAUGAUGAUUCACAUGGGGAGCCAUGAAAAUAUAGUGAAUCUUUUAGGAGCUUGCACUCACUUGGGUCCAGUUUAUUUAAUCUUUGAAUAUUGUUGCUAUGGAGACCUCCUUAAUUACUUAAAAAAUAACCGGGAGAAAUUCCAUAGGACAUUAACAGAUGUCUUUGCACACAACAACUUCAGCUUCUACCACAAUCUUCACAAUGACCAACAAUUACGAUACUAUGGUAAAAAUUUACUGCAAAAUGAAUCGUACAUGCCAAUGAACAAAAAGACUGGUACAGAUACAUUGUCACAUAUCAGCGACUGUGAUUUAUUGUCCAGCGAGAAUGAGCUAACGUGCCCAAUCAAUAUGGCUGACUAUCAGAAUGCCAGUAAAUAUGAAGAUGAUGAUCUACACGUUGUUACGUUUGAAGAUCUUCUCAGCUUUUCAUACCAAGUUGCCAAAGGAAUGGACUUCCUCACAUCAAGAAGCUGCAUUCACAGGGACCUGGCAGCCAGGAAUGUGUUGGUGACACAUGGGAAAGUUGCAAAGAUAUGUGACUUUGGAUUGGCAAGAGACAUCAUGCAAGAUUCCAACUAUGUCAUGAGAGGCAAUGCACGAUUACCUGUCAAAUGGAUGGCUCCUGAAAGCUUGUUUGAAGGCAGUUACACAAUUCAUAGUGAUGUCUGGUCAUAUGGAAUCUUAUUAUGGGAAAUAUUCUCACUUGGUGUCAACCCAUAUCCUGGAAUCCAAGUAGAUACAAACUUUUACAAGUUAAUUAAGAGUGGAUUUAAGAUGGAUCAACCAUUUUACUCAACAGAAGCAAUCUACAAAGUGAUACUAACCUGCUGGGCUCUUGAUCCAGGAAAAAGACUCGCUUUUUCAGACUUAGUUUGUAUUUUUGAAAAGCAGCUUGCAGAUGCUGAAGUGGCUGUUUACCACAACAAUAUGGAGUCCAAAUGCAAUCUAGACCAUAAAAACCGUAAUCAUUAAAACUCAGAGGAGAGUCUGGAUCCAGUCUGCAACAUCACUGAAUGAAAAUGAUCCAAUGGUUGAAGAAAUCAAAAUGUAAUUUCUCUGUUGUAUCUGACCAAAAUAUCACGUUUAGCUUUUGAACAUUUUAGUUUUACUUUAAACUAAUCAAUGAAUUUCAAAGCUGCUAACAUAUAGAACAGUAUAAUGCUUCCAGCUAUUUGGGUUUUCCUGUGUUGUCGUUAAAUUGUUCUGGAAUUCUGAGCUGUUACAAAUUUAUAUAAUCAUAUAACCAUAUAACCAUAUAACAAUUACAGCACGGAAACAGGCCAUCUCGGCCCUACAAGUCCGCAUCGAACAACUUUUUUUCCCUUAGUCCCACCUGCCUGCACUCAUACCAUAACCCUCCAUUCCCUUCUCAUCCAUAUGCCUAUCCAAUUUAUUUUUAAAUGAUACCAACGAACCUGCCGACACCACUUCCACUGGAAGCUCAUUCCACACCGCUACCACUCUCUGAGUAAAGAAGUUCCCCCUCAUAUUACCCCUAAACUUCUGUCCCUUAAUUUAAGUUUUUGCAUUGCUAGCCUGGUGACUGAACAUGGUGCCCCUAAACUAUUUUAUAUGUUUCUCUUUUGUAUUACAAACCAGCAGAUUUAAUAACUGUGUUGAAAUUAAAUGAUGAAGAUUCACAGAAUUUAUAAUGGUAAACUGGGAGAUUAGAGUCUCUUGAAAUGCUGAAGUGAAGAGGUUUUGAAGAGCAUCAUUCUAGGCAGGAAAGAGACACCAUAAGUUAACAGUGAAAAGGUGGAGAGAAUGAAUAAGGGAAUUCCAGGGUUUAUAGUGUGGAUAUAAAAACAGAGAAUUGAGGUCAGACUUAAUCUGUGGGAAAAGAGACAGUUUCAGGUCCAAACAAUGUGUCAGUCUCUGGGAGUGUCGAUGACUGAAGUCCUGGUGUAAUUGAAGGGCUGAGUAGAAUGGGCUGUGUAGAAGAGGACACACAGUAGGAAUGCAGAGUUCCUGAAAUGUUACUUGGCUAGUGGAAGUUAUGGAGAUAGCAAGAGUCAAAGUUAUGAAGGAUUUGUAAAAAAUAUGAGCACUAGCAGGGCACAGAGAAUGUCUUUUUGUUUCCUUUCCCCAGAUGUUAAAUGAAUUGAAUAAAAUGCAAGAAAAAAUAUUCUGCAGGUUCUGUUGGAGGUAAACAAAUUGUAUGUCCAUAUGUUAUAGCCAGGCUGAUGACAACUUUGCUCACUAUCAUAUAGGGUAUUUUUUACUUAAUGAGUUACUACAAAGGUUUUGUUGAGAAAGGCACCAUCCAGUCCCUAUCCUUAAUGGCCUUACAAGAGUGGGAUAUGACAGACUAAUUCAGAGAUAAGUUGAAAGCCAUACAAAUUGCUGUGAAUCUGAAGUAACAUCUAGGCCAGCACCGCAAGCUAUAAGAGAUUUACAUUAUUUGGUGUUUUAGUUGACAUUGAAAUAUUUAUGACAUCCAGUGGUUUCUUGAUCAUCAUAACAAGCUUUUAUUUCAGAUUUAUUUCAGUAACUAAAUUUAAAUACCUGGCGGAAUUUUAUUGAUUGCCUUCAAAUUAUGUGUCCAAGUUUUUGCAUUGCUAGCCUGGUGACUGAACAUGGUGCCCCUAAACUAUUUUAUAACUGAACAAAAUAAAGCGUGUCCAAUCAGGUUAUACUGCUGACCAGGGAGAGCAUUGCAGCAAUACUCCACAAGGAUAUCCUGGAUCAAUAUCAACAUUCUUUUUUAUUUAAAUUUGCUUUGGUGUGUUUGAAUUGGUUAAAAUUGUAUUUAUAUUGCUCUGUUAACAAUGACAGCUAUGUUUUCUGGUAGCACUUGAACCUUUGAGUAUGUCUGCAGUGUGUCGUUAGAUAAUAGACAAUAGGUGCAGGAGUAGGCCAUUCGGCCCUUCGAGCCAGCACCACCAUUCAAUGUGAUCAUGGCUGAUCAUCCCCAAUCAGUAAUCCGUUCCUGCCUUCACCCCAUAUCACCUGACUCCACCAUCUUUAAGAGCUCUAUCAAGCUCUCUCUUGAAAACAUCCAGAGAAUCGGCCACCACCACCCUCUGAGGCAGAGUAUUCCACAGAUUAUCAACUCUGUGUUUCCUCAUCUCCAUUCUAAAUGCCUUACCCCUGAAGGGGCUGUCCCACUGCGACGACCUAAUCUGCGAGUUUAGAAGAAUUUGCCCUUGACUCAAACUCGCAGCAUGGUCGACACGUGGUCCUAGGAGGUCCUAGGAGGUCACUGGAACUCUCCUUCAUGCUCGAGGGAAGUUCCCGAAUACUCGCGGCCUCAGCCAGGUCGCGGAAAUUUUUUUCAGCAUGUUGAAAAAUUUUCCGCGUGUAAAAUUUGGUCGGCGUGGUUCGUAAAUAACUCGUAGUGCAGUGGAGUGGGGUCGCUAUUUAGUUACAGGCAGUCGAGGGCAGCCGCAUUUUGAUUGGCUCAUUGGAGUUUUCAGGACCAAGGAAAACUGACCGGAAGGUAAAAUGCCCGCUAAACUUUAUUAUACUUCUUAAAAAUGUUUCCACUCCUACUCUCCCCCCUUCUCCCCCCCCUUUCUUGCCCCUUCUCCCCUCUUCUCCUGGUGAACCUAUGCUGCACUCCCUCAAUAGCAAGAAUGUCCUUCCUCAAAUUAGGGGACCAAAACUGCACACAAUGCUCCAGGUGUGGUCUCACUAGGGCUCUGUACAACUGCAGAAGGACCUCUUUGCCCCUAUAUUCGAUUCCUUUUGUUAUAAAGGCCAACAUGCCAUUCGUUUUCUUCACUGCCUGCUGUACCUGCAUGCUUACUUUCAUAGACUGAUGUACAAGGAUCCCCAGAUCUCGUUGUACUUCCCCUUUUCCCAACUUGACGCCAUUUAAAUAAUGAUCUGCCUUCCUGUUUUUGCUACCAAAGUGGAUAACCUCACAUUUAUCCACCACAUAUAAUGAAGGUCGGCUUUAUUAUAAAUUAUAGACAAUAACACAAUGCAGCUGCAGCCAAGACUAACACAUGGCACCAUUCGUGAAGUGAACAUAAUGUGGAUCUAAAGAAAAACAACUUUGGAUCAUUUGAAUCACUAGUGGAGCCCAUCUUUAGCAAUUCAUUGAUUUAGAAACAUAGAAAAAUAGGUGGAGUAGGCCAUUCGGUCCUUCAAUCCAGCACUGCCAUUCAACAUGAUCAUGGCUGAUUAUCUAAAAUCAGUACCCGUUCCGGCUUUUUCCCCAUAUCCCUUGAUUCCUUUAGCCCAAAGAGCUAAAUCUUGCUCUCUCUUGAAACAUUUCUAUGAUUUUGAAAGAAACAAUUUUAUUUUAGUUUAGUUUAUUGUCAUGUGUGCAGGGAAAAGCUUUUGUUGCGUGCUAACCAUCAGCGAAAAGACUACAUGAUUUUGAUCCCAGAUCUGUAUUCGGCAUCAAAAUCCAUAAAUGAGGAACAUGAUAAUUUUGCAUGACUGACUUGCGUUUGGUCUGCAAACAUUAAUAAAACUCAAAAACUACUCAGUUGGUAAUGAUCAUUUUGAUAGAUAUGAAUCCUACCUGCUUGCUUAAUUUAUUUUUUUCUUUUCCAUAAUUAUGCCAUGGCAUUUGUAUAGUUGUUUACAAUAUCUCUCCACUAGCACUUUAUCUCCAGUGACAUUCUUGUUUACAAAAAGUGCUGCUGGUUUCCCUUACUACUAACUUCCUCAUUUCGAGCUAAUGCCCCAUUAUAUUUGAAGUACAUGGCAUGUUCUGUGGUAUUCUGAGCUGGUGGUAGGAGGGUUCAGUGUGUGGACCAGAUUAUUUUACGCAGAAAGGGGAA